UUCUGCUUGAGCUUUUUUCUGCCGGUUGAAAUUUCAUACUCACCGCCUUUACUUAGCUCUCCGCUCGCUAGUCCAAAAAAGGACUAGCUUAGAUUCGGGGCUCGUCUGUUAGCUUAGUCAGCUCGUAACUCCCUAAAAAUCCGAAUUAGGAAGCUUGCGACGUUUGCAAGUUGUUUGUAUGGAGAAUCGCAAGUAUCAAACAACAUAACUAGACCUGUUGACAAGCCGAUGAUUUGAUCUGUACAAUCCAGUCCUCUCUGUGUUUGCUGUGCUGUUUACCUUGAUGGACGGACCUUGCUACUGAUACAAUGGCACCUCUUACGCUUUCGCCUCGCAGGCCUCGAAAGAAACGCCGAGCUUUGUCGGGAUCUGGGCUCACCACUGACCUGGUAGUGUCCAAGGGCCAAGAUACCUAUGCGCCGGCUUUCCCCUUGGUGUCUUUCUUCUGGCCUGCGCGGUCCGGUGUAUCUCAAUGGCUUAUUCUGCCCGUCGUUUUGAUGAUUGUUGGCCUCUUCCGAUGGGGAACUUCGUUGUGGGGUCACUCAGGGUAUGGUGUACCUCCAAUGCAUGGCGACUUUGAAGCCCAGAGGCACUGGAUGGAACUCACAAUACACCUCCCCACUUCUUGGUGGUAUUUCUAUGAUCUGCAAUACUGGGGAUUGGAUUACCCCCCAUUGACAGCCUACCACAGCUGGCUACUAGGAAAGAUGUAUGUUCCAAACACCACUACUACAUCACAGCAUGGUAGAGCCAGAGUCUAA